AUGAAUUGUCCGAUAAUUUUCCAAUGCAUCGAGUUCCGAAAUUCUUGCGUCAAAGGCCAUAGCUUUCGUACCGCGCUCGGAAAGCUACACUCGCGUUGCUGUUGGGGGGUUUGCCUUUCUUCCCUUCCUUCUUUUCUCCAUCUCUCGACCUCUCUAGCUUCGAGUCUCUCCUAGAUUCCUCAUCGCUCCAGACACUUCGAAAUUCCAGAGGGUCAAUUGCUCUUCCAAGACAGCACGCGAAGCUUAUCUUUAAGGAAAGAUAAACCAACACAAGCGCUGUAAUAGCAGGAGACGCUCCUGCAACCCCAUAGUAAAAUGACAGCAACCACUUUUCCACACCUUCGCAAGACGAAGACGUCCAGCCAGCUCAUCGUCAAUGGAGAGCCGUUCCUCAUGCUCAGUGCCGAGUUGCACAAUUCAACACUGAGCUCCGCCAAAUAUAUGGCCGACGAUAAGGUCUGGCAGAACAUGAGAGCCAUGCACAUGAACACUCUGCUAGGCUCAGUAUCAUGGGAACAGAUCGAGCCCGUCGAAGGGCAUUUUGAUUUCUCGAACCUCGAUGCCGUCAUUCUGGCUGCACGCGAACAUGGCAUCAAGCUCGUCUUGCUGUGGUUUGGCAGUUUCAAAAAUGCACUCUCAACUUAUGUGCCCGCUUGGGUGAAGAAGGAUGUCAAGCGCUUCCCAAGGGUGCACGUCCUGGAAAAGGGAGGCAAGCGACGAACGGAGGAGCUUAUGAGCCCCUUUUGUGAAGAGGGGUGGAAGGCGGACGCUAAGGCCUUCGCGGCGCUGAUGGCACAUUUGAAGGAGUUUGAUGGACAGCACAGCACUGUUGUCAUGGUGCAAGUCGAAAACGAGACUGGAUUGCUCGGCGACUCCAGAGAUCGCUCCAAGAUUGCUGAGCAGAAAUUCCGCGAACCUAUGCCCAAGGAGUUGUUACAAUAUCUGCAGGCGAACAAGGCAGAACUUCACCCUGAGUUCCAACAGCGUUAUUCUAGUAUCCACGAUUUAACGGCUGGAGAAGCAACAUGGAUGGACGCCUUUGGUGCAGAAGACUCCAUCAACGCAGAGGAGAUGUUCAUGGCAGACGCUUUUUCACGCUACAUCCACCACGUUGCGUCGGCUGGAAAGGCCGAGUAUCCAAUCCCCCUAUAUGCAAACGUGUGGCUCAACUUCGACAAACCUGGCGACCUCGAUCUCGUCGAUGUACCAGUCGUAGUAGGGGGUGGUGCAAAAGCCGGUAUAUAUCCAUCUGGUGGACCUUGCCCUCAUACGACCGACGUCUACAAAUUCAACGCUCCGAGUCUCGACUUCAUCGCACCCGAUCUAUACUUCCACGAUUAUGAAACAACAUGUAAGAACUACAGACACGGUGGCCAACCACUGUUCAUACCCGAACAGAGACGAGACGACAAAGGUGCCAGGCGUGUAUGGCUCGCGUACGCAACAUACCUGGCGCUGGGCUGCUCGCCGUUUGGUAUCGACUCCCACACAGCGGCAGAGAGCCCCUUCACAAAGCACUACGGUCUCAUCCACUCUCUCCGAAAGCAAAUUCUCGAGGUACAAGCCGAGAGACCCGAGGAUAUGAUGGGCUUCUUCUUUGACGAUUGGGUCGAGGGCCAGAAGGUCUCAGAAAAGCCUUGGACGAAGACGAUCGGGGGGUUCGAAGUCAUUAUCGAGCGCGCUUUCGUUUUCGGAAAGCCAGGGCCAGGUGCGGGCAUGGUGAUCUACCAGGGAGACGGCAAAUUUCUCUGUGCGGGAUGGGGAUUUAACCUCUCUUUCAAGAGUACUAAUCCCAAGUCGACGUUCACUGGCAUACUGCAUGCCGAAGAAAAGGAGGUCAACAGCGAGACUUGUGAGUUGACGACAUUGAAGCUGCUAGGCGGUGACGAAACGAGGAGCGGCGAAUUUCUAAUCAUGCCAAACGAAGAACCUGACUAUGGAGGAUUUCCCAUUGCUGUCACGAUCCCUGCCAGGACAUGCAUCGCGGAAUGUUGGGCAUACAGUCUCGAAGAGGACGAGAGUGACUUCUAGAGUCUUAGAUAUAUGGUGUCUGGGCCAUGGGUCGCAGAUCCAAGUUUUCCAAUUUUGCCAGUAGUCUAUCCAAAUUCAUACUGGCUUGUAGAGUGCGCCCAUGCGAUCCAGUUCGAAGCUCGUCGAGUAGUGCACCACCGAUGUCUCGUAUCUUAGGCACAAUGCUAUAGCCGUUUGCAUCGAAAACCUCUGUAGGC